AUGGGGCGUUUUUAUUUACCUGUUGUUCUGGGGCUGUGUUUAAUUGGGGAAAUUCAAACAGCAGGAUACAUUGGGAAGCGUCCAGCAUCACAGGGACAGUGUCACUACCAAAACAUCAAUUCUGCCCACUUCAGCUACGACAGAAAUGACUGUGAGGGUCCAUCUAAAUGGUGCGAGGUACACGAAUGUUGGUCGACUUGUGGGUCGGAACACAGGCAGUCUCCAAUAAACAUUGACACCCAUCAAGCUAAGAGAGAAUAUUUUGAUAACAUUCAGUUGUGGAACAAGCAUAAAAGAGUUCCUGCAAUCAUUUCUAAUAAUGGACACUCUCCCCACUUUGAUGUUCACGUAGACAAAGUUAGCUGGUUCAACAAUAUUAUCUUGACCAAUGUUCCCUACAGGGGAAACAAGCAGUUCAUCUUUGCACAGCUUCAUAUCCAUGUUGGGAAGCAGAGGGAGACAGAUACAAGAACCAAAAAUCGCGACCUCUCAGGUUCAAAAGUGAACAACCACGAAGGAUCGGAACACAGCAUCGAUAACAAAUUCUAUCCUAUGGAGGUGAAAGAUGAUGAUAAUGAUGAUGAUGAUGAUGAUGAUGAUGACCGUGAUGAUGAUAAUGACGAGAAAGAAGGGGAUGAAGAAACAGAGGACGAAUAUAAUGAUGAAAAAGAGGAUGGUCGGAAGGAUCGAAGGUACACGUACAGCCGUGAUUGUUCAUCAAACAAUGAAGAUAAAAAUGAAGAUGAGUACAGUAAAAAGUGUUAUAAUGGACAUUCAAAGUGCAAGGUGAGAUUUGCAAAAACCUUAAGUUAUCUCAUGGAAAAAUACUACGAGGAAAUUCGGGAACAUAAUCCGAUUGCGCCAGAAGAUUUCAUAAAAGAGGAUUCUGAUUAUCCCUUGUAUGAGUGUGGAGACACGCCAGAUUUAGACUUCUUCUACAGUAAUUGUAUGAAGAAUAACCCUGACCUUGAGGAGCAUGUGCAGGUGGAUUGUGGGAUUUCACCAACAGAUGUCCUUCCAUAUGAUCAAAGGUUCUACACGUACGCUGGGUCUUUGACCACACCGCCAUGUUACGAAACUGUUCAAUGGAUUGUCUUCAAAUGUCCAAUUAAAGUGUCGAAAAGAGCAUUCGAGAACUUAAAGUUGGUUAAGGAUUCCCACAACGACCCUCUUCAAACGUAUGGUGUACGGAGACCACUUCAGAGAAAUCAUAUAAAUAUCAGCAAAAACUUCUGAGCUAUAUUUCAUUCUGAGCAUUGUAUGUGAGAAAAGACAAUUUCUGUACAUGGUUUUGAAUGAUG